AUGGUUAUGGGGGACUUUAACUCAAUUUUGAGACCAGAAGAUAGGCUUGUAGGUAGUCAAGUGCAAGGGGAAGAAACAAGGGAUUUCAGAAAUUUCUUGAAUGAGUGUAACCUAUCUGAAUUACCUACAUUUGGGAGGCAAUUUAUAUGGACAAAUGGGUAUAUGUAUAGCAGGAUUGAUAGGGCACUUGUUAAUGUAGAAUGGAUAGUUCAAAUGCCAUCAAUGCAAGUGAUAGUGAUGGCAAUUGAUGCUCUUUUCUCAGAUCAUUCACCUCUGAGCAUAGUAAUGGAGGAACAAAGGGAUAGCAAGAAGAAACUAUUUAGAUUUUAUAAUUGUCUAGCCCAGCAUCCAGAGUUGAAAAGCAAGAUACAAGAUAGUUGGCAGACACAGAGGGAGGAAUGA